AUGGAUACCAACCUCAACAGCAACACAAGCAUGUUGCAAACGGCAUCAGCUAAUGUCCAAGCCAGCACAGUUGGAAACAACGAAACAACAAGUAUAACACAAAAUUCAUCAGCCAUUACAACUGCAGCAAUGGAGAAUCAAAAUCAAGGUGCCGCUACAUCUUCGCAACCACCAACUCCCUCCGCAAGUACAACAAUGAGCAACAUCACUCCCACAACUUCCACCACUACAACCAUCCCGCCACCAACUCCCUCCACAAGUACAACGAUGAGCAACAUCACCCCCAUGGUUUCUAUUUUGACAACUAUCCCACCAUCAGGUCGCCUCAGUACCACAUUACCUCUUGAGCUCCGCCUUGCUAUCUACAAACCUCUCCUCUGCAUGACCAUUGCCGGCCGCCUUCCACCCAUUCUGUACGCGUUACACGGUACUUCCGAUUAUUCCAUCGUCCAGGCACAAUACAGAAUCAUCAAUUUUAUCCUCUCAGAUGCCACAUUGCGCGUUUUCUCAACCAUUACCAGGCGUGGAAACAGAUUGGGCAAGCUUCAUUAUCUCCAUGUCCGCUCUGACAAUUUCACACUCUACGGACCCAACGGAGUCAACAACGAUUCCCGCAACCUCGUCGUCCGCCACUACUGUAAACUCCAAAACUCUUUCCGUAAGGUAACUUUUACUGCCGUCCAGCAAGCUCGCACACCGCACACCACCGAGUCCGAAUUGGAUGAAGCCAAUUUUAACGCUAGUUAUAUUUUACAUCAACUUUGCGAAAUCGUGGUAGCAAGCGUUCAGACAGCGGAUUUACGUUUGAAGUUUCUAGGUUAUAACAUGGGAAAUUCGAUCGACCAGCGUAGAAUGAAUGGGUUUGUUAGGUUAGCAAGUAGUACACUGGCGGUUUCAGGCCGAAUUUGGACUCCGAGAAGAGAACUGGUCGGCGAUGAUGGUGUGGUUCAUGAUGGAAUCGUUUGGAUUUGGAAGCUUGUCUAG